AUGUGGCUCUACCAUUUGCUGCUGAUCGUCCUUCUGGAACGACUGGUGUCCGGCACCACCUGCUACUUCCCUGAAGGCAACGUGGCCGAGGAUUACACGCCUUGCUCCGACAAUGGCGUCUCGUUCUGCUGCAAUAAGAACUCGAUUUGCUUGAGCAAUGGCCUCUGCACCUCCAUGCAUCAACCGUAUGUUCUCGGCCGCGGCGCCUGUACCUCCCAAAGUUGGAACGAUACCUCGGUCUGCGACGAUGUCUGUCAUGGAAUCACCACCGCGUGGAGCAGCGCGUGCUCCCUCAUCCUCUACAGUGACGUGAACGGAGUCAAAUUAUAUUGCCCCAACUCGAUUAUUUCCAACGGGACCGACUCCAUCGGAUGCGCCAAUGGUGUCUCGCCCGUUUCAGUGGGCACUGGCAAGCCCAUUGCUGGCAAGGCAUAUCUGGCCAGCUACUCCCUCCUCCCCACUGCUAGCACCGCCACCAGCACCGCGACUGCGACCUCUACCACCGAGCCCAAUACCUCGUCUUCCUCAACAGCCGAUGAAAGCUGCGGCAGUCCGACCGCGGCUGAUGGCAACCAAGUCAGCCGGGCGACCGUGACCGCCGUUGGGGCCGGGGUCGGCGUCCCCCUUGGGCUGCUGGCGUUGGCAUCGCUGGGCUAUGGUUUUAACGAGAGGAGAAAGCGGCUUCAGCUCCAGAAUGCCCCACCAAACAUGUACCAGAUGCCGGCGGCCUCGUCAACGUCCUACCGAUCGAGGAAUAUGGGCGCGAAGGAGCUGUCUGGCCAUAUACCGCUUCAUGAGCUGGACACGUGA